UCGAACCAUCACAAAUCCACCCUUCCUCCUCCUCUCCUCGUUCUCGAUUUUUCUGCCAUCUUUAUUUUUUGGAAAAUCUCCGUUCUCUUCGUGCUCGUCACGAUUGGACUAAAGUCAUUCUUCCUCGAUAUUUUGUUCGUUGAUCUCCUUGGCGUGAUUCGCUGGGAAACUUGAUUCGUUGGAGGUCAAGAUCGUUGUUGGAGGUGGUGGUGGUGGCUCUGCCGGUGCUGCGUUUCCCGGUGAAUGGGAGCACGGACGGAGCUGGAAUUCUAUUAGGAAGCUCAGCUUGGAAUAGAAUACAGGGGAAUGUUGUAUUUGAAGCAGCCAAACCCGAUUAUAUGCGUCGGGAAAGGGCUGUGAUCGUGUCGCCAUUGUGGCCUGCUGAAUUUUGGUUUGCCGAAAUCUUAGGACUUGAAGUUGAAUGCGCUUGUGAUCAAUUCCCUGAGCCUGGGGCUCGGGGAGAGAUCUGCCGCCUAUUUACGAACCGAAUUCGAGAUACCAGAUAGAAGAGACAGAGAGCAAUAAACCUGCCUCCAGCCAUGGCCGAGAACGGGGGGCCUUCCACAUCUCCUCUCACAAUCAAUGGCGAAUUGCCUCGCCGUCCACCAAUGGACUUACCUAUGCAGAAAUUCAGGCUCUACGAAACACGAUCGGUAUUUAUCUUCCUUUUUCUCGGUCUUCCUGAGAUCUACUUCUAAUUCGCGUCGUCGUAUAGGCUCAGCUUCCUCUUCUCCUCGCUUCGAUGGUAGCCUUGGUUCCCAUUUUGGGAGUCGACUUUCUGAAUUGUGCUGGAACACUUGUGUCUUCUUGGUGCUUCUCUCCGUACAGGAUUUAAUAUUUCUUUUUUUUCUUUCUUAACCCUCGUUAAUUAACUGCCUUAACGUUGGUUUGGCAGUUGAAAUUCAAGUCUAGUUCGUUUGGUGGUGGAAAUGCAGUGCAGUGAUGGUCCUGCUCUGCGAUAAAAGCUUUGUUUUUUUAACAAAGAUAAGAGCUUUGUUUCUGGCUAUACUGGAUUGUUUUAGGCUCUUCAUGUAAAUGUUAGCAUUUUAUUAAUUUUGCAUAUGUUCCCCGACCGAAGGAUUAGAAAUCUUUGCCUUUGCAUGCUGUGCUGAUUUGGGUUUGCUUAGAAUUGUUUUGCAAUUUGCUUUUUUGGUGCCUCAUGCGCUCUUCUGUUUCUACGUUGUUUAGAAAUUUUACAUGAUAGGUAGGGACAAGGGUAGGACUUGUUGGAGAGUCCUGAAGAUUGACAGAUUAGAUCCUUCUGAGCUCAACAUACGUGAAGGCUCGACUACUUAUACAGAGAGUGAAUGUUCUGAUUUGUUGAGGCGGAUAAAUGAAGGAAACAAGGCCACUGGCGGUUUAAAAUUUCUUACCAUUUGUUAUGGGAUAGUUGGGUUUGUGAAGUUUCUGGGUCCAUAUUACAUGUUGCUAAUCACAAAAAGAAGAAAACUUGGUUCAAUAUGCGGUCAUAAUGUAUAUGCUGUCUCUAAGUGCGAGAUGAUUCCAAUACAAAAUUCUUCUGCACACGUUGAUACUGUUGAUUCUAAGAACGAGAGCAGAUACAAGAAGCUCCUAUGCAUGGUGGACCUCACAAAGGACUUUUAUUUUAGCUACUCAUACCAUGUUAUGCGUAGUCUUCAAAGGAAUUUGUGUGAUAAAGCAAAAGGCCAAGUCCUUUAUGAGACAAUGUUUGUCUGGAACGAGUUCCUUACUCGUGGAAUUCGAAAUCACCUUCAUAAUACACAAUGGACUGUGGCAUUAGUAUAUGGGUUCUUCAAGCAGGAAUCGCUCUCUGUUGCUGGCCGCGACUUCAAACUUACCCUCAUUGCAAGACGUUCACGUCAUUAUGCCGGCACCAGGUAUUUAAAACGCGGUGUUAACGAGAAGGGAAGAGUUGCUAACGAUGUUGAGACAGAGCAAAUAGUUUGUGAGGAUGUACCCGAAGGGCUUCCAGUGCAAAUAAGUUCUGUUGUGCAGAACCGUGGCUCUAUUCCAUUAUUUUGGUCGCAAGAAACCUCCCGUCUGAAUAUCAAGCCAGAUAUCAUAUUGUCGAGGAAGGACCAAAACUAUGAAGCAACCAGACUUCAUUUUGAAAAUCUCUCCAAGAGAUAUGGAAAUCCAAUUAUCAUACUGAACUUGAUUAAAACACGGGAAAAGAGGCCGCGAGAAUCAAUUCUUCGUACAGAGUUUGCUAAUGCUAUUAGUUAUAUCAAUAAAGAUUUAUCAGAAGAGAACCGCCUACGGUUCCUUCACUGGGACCUGCACAAACAUGCUCGGAGCAAAGCAACCAACGCUCUAUUACUUCUAGGGAAAGUGGCUGCAUAUGCGCUGACCUUAACAGGUUUCUUUUACUGUCAUGUAACACCCACUUCGGAACCUGAAGGCGGCCUUGGUUUCUCAUCAUCCGGGAAGGCUGAAAAAGGAGCUAUGUUUCCGCAGAAACAAUUUGAUAAUGGUCACGAGGAUACCAAUAACUUAGAGAGAAAGUUAAGUGGAGUUGGUAAUGUUGCUAACGACAAUCAUUCUGCAAAGCAACUGAUGUUCCAGAAUGGAGUCUUGAGGACCAAUUGUAUAGAUUGUCUCGAUAGAACAAACGUUGCACAGUUUGCAUAUGGCUUGGCUGCUCUUGGAUCCCAGCUUCACACUUUAGGAGUAUUAGAUUCUUCCAAGAUGGAUCUUGAUGCACCUUUGGCUGAUCAUUUGAUGGGAUUUUAUGAAAAUAUGGGUGAUACACUUGCCCAUCAAUAUGGAGGCUCAGCUGCUCACAACAAGAUAUUUUCGGAGAGACGGGGUCAGUGGAAAGCAGCAACCCAGUCUCAGGAAUUCUUCCGAACUCUUCAAAGAUACUACAGCAACGCAUACAUGGAUGCACAGAAACAAGAUGCUAUUAACGUAUUCUUGGGUCACUUCCAGCCACAGCAUGGGAAACCUGCACUGUGGGAGUUAGAUUCAGACCAGCACUUGAACUUAGGAAGUAAUGGCCAUGACAUUGAUACCAGGUCAUUUUUCAAAAGGUCAUUGUCAGAUGGAAACAUUCUUCGCCACAGUUGUUCCCCAGUAUCUGCUCCAAAUCUUGACCGAAAUAACUUUUCGAGAACAGCUUUUCCUGAACAAUGGCAUGGAGCAGCCAACAUUCACUCAGAGUCUUCCCCUGAGAUAUCAACCUGUAAUGCCAAUUUGGCAUUUUUAAGGCACACUUCCCAACUACCUCACAGGCAGCUGUUUGGAGACAUACAAAGAGAUCAAAUCCAUGAAAGUGAUCAUAUUUACUUUUCUGAAGACACACUUAAUUGGUCAAAUUUUGUUGAUCUGGACUGGCUGUCCUCAUCCGGGAAUUCAUUUGAAGAUGAGCCAUUUGAUAGGACAUCAGUGCUCACAAACUCCCCAAGCGCUGGGCAGUCAUCAGAUAGUUGCGUCACAAAUGGAAUGAUGACCAGGGAGCCAACCCCAACUGCUAGUGAAUAUGGAUCCAUGAGGGUGGGACCGGAGACUGAAAUGGAGUUAUCUGUUGCUAGUAGUUCACAGCAUCCCACUGCGUUGGAGGACUACUCGGAUAGUUUCGUUCAUUGGGUAAACUAUGGAGAAACACUCUGCCAUUGAGAGAUACCUACUGCUUGUAUUCAUCACAAGAUGAUUACUUCCUAUCCACCUUAUGACUUCACCUGAUCACAAAGAUUUUAGUUGCUGACACGCCCAACAAUAGGCGGUAAAGAGGUUAACAAGCGUUUAGUAGCAAAGGUUCCCGGUCAAAGAAAAGGACAUCACACAACACUUGAAUUAUUUCAACAGAGGAUACUCACAGGACGCAAGCAAAGAUGGAAAGAACCAGCACUAAACAAAGAGUAAAUAGCCAAACAAUUCAGAGAAAAAACCAGAGUAAAAGGCUUAUUUUUGUUGUUGGAGGUGUUUCUGUCCUGUAAAGUUAGGGGGUGUUAUGUAAAUAUGGAGGUCGUGAGUCGUGACAUUAAUUCUUUUGCUUCCUUACAUGUUUGAAUGAGUUGUAGGAAGAAGGAUGGGUAGGGUUGUUUGAAGGUAACAUUUUGUUCGGGGAUGGGAAAAGUGUUUUGAGAUUAUAUAGGAACUAAUGUGAUGGUUCAUGGUUGAGGUUAUGUGGCUGCCAAGCAGAACUUGUUGAUGUUAAAUAUCUUGUCCUGUAGCUACUAAAAUUACUUGGGUUGAUCUCUGUAUUGUCUUGUCUGGUUUCUUUAAAGUAGAACCAUAUUCUUCCUUUUUCUUUCUUCCACCAGUAAUAGAAUACUGCACAAUGUUUUCUAUUAUGCCAUCUGUCUCAUCAUCAGGCGCACCAUUUAUGUAUGGUCUUUCUUCUGGGUAACACAAGGGCAUCAAAGUCCAAAUCUGGUCCAGAUAAAUUAAGGCAGCAAAGCAAUCACCUAUCACCUCAUAUGAUCCUCUGAAAUUCUCAAGGUCAGUUUUCUAGUGUCUAUUAUCAUGUCCAUGAAGACUCAAGGCAAGGCUGUUCACGUAAUCAUGAAAUACUAAAACAUAAGGUCCCAAACCCUAAUUCGCAGGUCACUGCUGGCUUCAUAAUAUGUUGAGCCAGAUCCAGCUGUGAUGUUCAAAAAGAUUCAGCUAAGAAUGGGGAAGAUGCGAGUGAUGUGGUCCAAUGGGACUGCAUCGCCAGAGUUCUUCUUGAGCUCAGGAUGGUUGAAUUCUGUCUUUGGAAGAGCAAUGAUUUGUCCACCACCUUGGCCCAUCUCUAAAACCCACCCAUAGUUUACCACUUGCUGUUCAAGGAAUUUAUCCAGUGCCAAGCCUUCGAUGUUGAUGGCCUGAACUAAGACGGACCUAGGAACCUUUUGGUAGGUCAAGGAAAGGACGUGAACCGCAUAGGCUUGGAUAGCUUGCUCAAACCCUGCCCCAAGAGAAACUCAAAUCAUAAACAAAAUGCAACAGACAAAGCAUAUCAGUAAGGUGCAACUAAAUUUUUUGACUUGUAAAAGUAGAUCAUAAUGUAGGGUUGUCCAAGUAAAGCUGAUACAAACAUGUGUUCACAAAUAAGCACUCAGGACUGAAGCCAUGCCAUUCAAAAAGAUGUCACAAGUCUCAAUCCUCUGCAUCAGACUAACAUGCAAGAAAAUCAUACUUUGCCUAUCAAGUGGCACAACAGAAUAUGACGAUUCACAUCAUACUCACAGGGACACUUAAAACAGAACAGAACUAAAAGAACCUAAUGAAUAGUAGCAGAUCAAUACCUGGUACAGCUUCAACAAUAUGUCGACUCUUAGCU